AUGUUACAGAAUCUCCUCUGUGGUCUGAGGCUCGGCCAUAUUGCAUACUGUGACUGCAGGAGGGGAGCUCUGUGCUGUGCACCCCCUCCUGACGAUCACACGGAGACUGCGCCCUCAGACCAGUGCGUCCUUGGCGGCGGCCUAAUCCAACAAAUAGCAAUCGAAGAAGGCAAGCUUGGCCCUCUGUGUUCAGAGCUUGUAGGAAAUUUUCCAGAAAUGGAAAUAUCAAUGAACACUGCAAGAUUUACUACUCAGGAAAAUGGAUCCACCUUAACUCCAGUCCUAGAUGUUAGCGUAGGCCCUAAUUCACAUGGAAGUAAGGUGACUGCAACAGUGGAAAUGGAUGUAGAAGCUCCCCUUGAAGUCAACGAUUACAUUGGAAUUAAACCUGGUAAAAUAAGAGGUCCGAUGAAAAUAAUAGCUGUAAACUCUACAUUAGCCAAUUGUCCAUUUGUUAAUACUAAUUCAACUCUCCUGGACUUUCUUAAGCCACAUCUGACAAAUUAUGUAAACCUUAAACUAGGCUGUGAGUUCAAGCGUCUGAUGCCUUCACCUACACAUGUUCCUGUAAAACAGAACAGUACAAUAAAAACUAAAAAUCACAAUGGCUGGGUCGCUGUGAACGUUGUAGGUCCAGAUGAUAAACACUAACAUCAA